CAUUCCUUACUAUCUGAGAUUUGAGCCUUCUGAAGGGAGGGUAGCACGUUACAACAUAACUGUUGGAGGCAAGUCUUACGAGGUGUUCAAACCAGAGCUGACCAUCAAAGAUUUAACGCCUGAUACACAAUACAACUACACAAUAACUGCAUACAAUAAACGUGGAGAUGGGAGUGAAGAGGUCGCUGGAGUCUUUAAAACAGAUCCAGGUAAACAUUAAAUUAUAAAUUCAUAAAGUUUAUUUGUAGGUGAUGCAAUAAUGAUAUUAAGAGAAAUACACAAAUGGGGCAAUAAUUAAGGUUAUUAAGAGACAGACACAAAUGGGGCAAUAAUUAAGGUUAUUAAGAGAAAGACACAAAUGGGGCAAUAAUUAAGGUUAUUAAAAGAAACACGCGUGGUAAAAAUGAGGCUCAUUAAGAGAAAGACUCAAAAGUGGCUAUUAUAAAGAUCAUUAAGAGAAAUAAAAAAAAAUAGGAGCACAAAUUUAAGGGUCGUGUAGUGUGUUUCUUGGGUGUGAUGAACUGGCUUUUGCCCUUACCUCAAGACAAAAAUUCUAUAGUUAUUUUCAAAUUUAAAUGCACGGAAAACAAAAGGGGGGGGGGGGGUUCCUGUAGAGAGAAAUAAAUUAAAUCAAAUUAAAAGAAAAUGAACAUUUUUAUUCCAACUCAUUUCUCUUUCAACUAAAAUAAAUAUUUCAGCUUUUUAAUAAAAAAAUUCUAUAGUUAUUUUCAAAUUUAAAUGCACGGAAAACAAAAGGGGGGGGGGGGUUCCUGUAGAGAGAAAUACAUUAAAUCAAAUUAAAAGAACAUGAACAUUUUUAUUCCAACUCAUUUCUCUUUCAACUAAAAUAGAUAUUGCAGCUUUUUAAUAAUGUUUAAAAAAAAUUAAUUUUGAACAUUACAAUUAAAACAUUCCUUUGAACUAACAAAUUCUUUCUAUUUUCUCUAAUAAUUUUGCUUGCACUAAAUAUCUAUAUCUUAUUCGCGAAAAGUAGGGCAAACGAGAAGACGACGCAGGCUAUAUAUAGAUACGCCAAAGCAAGCAAGACGUAGGCAAACUCCCCCCUCCCCCCGCUCCCUUACCUGCUAAUCGUUGGUCUUGAGAUAUGCGCACUGUGUUGGAGCUACCGACACCAAAGCAAGCAAAGCCUAGGCAAACUCCCCCCCCCCCGCUCCCUUACCUGCUAAUCGUUGGUCUUGAGAUAUGCGCACUGUGUUGGAGCUACCGACACCCUGCUGCACCAACCUGGCUUACCAGCAGAGCUCGCGGCGUAUGCUAAGAAGCGGGUCGGCUAUAUUUCUAUAGUUCAUGGGCAUGAAAUAAAAAGUAUGUAGUGACAUAUCAUGGAAAAAGGGGGGAAUGGGGUGUAGCAAAAUGAUCAUUCUUAAAUGUUCACGAGUUCACGUUUUUGUCAAGUAACUUUAGUAGAAGGGAAGUACACGCUUUGCUGUCGCCAAUGUUUGGCAGGCUACAUCUUAUUAUUUAUAUUGCAUUUUUAAAUCUUUCAACAAAAAUUUAUGUUAGUCUAUCAUUACAUCUUUAAGUCCUCCGUGACCACUUCCUACGUCCAUUCUAUUUUAGAGGCUACAGAUAAACAAGAAGAAGAGUUUCUAAAAGUUGCUCUUAUAGCUGGAGUCACUGCUGCUGCCGUGCUUGCCGUUAUAAUUUUUGUUAUCGUCGUGGUGACUCUGGUCGUCAGAAAGAGAAGAGGAAACAGGUCAGUCCCUAGCAAUAAUAUUGUUUUCUAUUGCCAUUUUCCAUUUAAUAUCGUGGUUGUAUUUUAUGAUCCAAUUAAUUAAUCCUAAACUCUACACAACACUCCCAAUAGACACAAAGUACAAAACCACAACUCGGGAUGUACACUUUGUACACUACCACCACAACUCAUGAUGUACACUAAGUACAAUACCACCACAACUCAUGAUGUACACUAGAGCACAAUAACACCACAAUGCAUGAUGUACAAUAAGUAUAAUACCACCACAACUCAUGAUGUACUUUAAGUACAAAACCAACACUACUCAUGACGUACAUUACUUACUAAACCACAACUCAUGAUGUACACUAAGUAUUAUAACAGGACAGAAAAAGGUAUUUCAUUACAGUUGUUUAAAACAUCCAGGACUUAACCCGUUGAUACUAUCAUGAUUUAAUUCGAGAGGUGUUCCUUUUUCUUUCACGCGAACCUCCUGCCAGGGAGACUAUUGAAGACGUUGAUGACAAUGAAAUUGUCUCUGGCUCACAAACUGCCCCCACACCAUCAGCUAGGGCUGUGCUGAA